AUGGCUUCUGUCUAUCUUCAUGAAUUUAGGAGAUUUUGGGGGCUCAACAUCCCUCUUUCCCGCGGCUGUGCAAUGAGGGCUUCCACUCUUAGUUUGCUGUUUUUCUUCCUUUUCUUUCCUCUUCCUUGGCUGAAUCUGAUGAAGGAAAGGUGGUGCAAAUGUAUGCUGGUCCAAGGGAUGCUUCUGACAGCAUGCAGGAUGGUAUUCAUCGGUUCUUUGGAUGUCUCUGGCUUGGGACUGGUUUCCAGCAGCUUACUUAAGGAACAUCGGUUUCCAAAAUUUCCUUCUCCUUUUCACGCUCCAGACCAAAACUUCUCUCCAACUAUUUUUUUCUUGCGUUCUCUCUUGCCCUUCCACGAAGCCAGACCAAGGAAGAAAGUGCAAUCGGGUAGGAAUCACCCAUCUCCAGCUGCUGGGAAGAAGACCCAAGUCGAACCCAGCCCGUCGUUCCAUCUUCGUUCCAAAGGAGCCCGUUCGUCGCUGCUGGAAAGCCAAAUACCAAAACCCCUUUUCUACCCAUCUUGUUUCCGCUGCACCAAUAGUGCUCACGGAGUGGGUGCUAGCAAGGAAGGGCCCGUGCCAUUGUCUAGGUUUCUUCCUUCGUUGAUUUUGCUCGAGCUGCUGGAAAGGUACACGCAUCUUGGGCAUAGGGACUUGCUUGUCCUGCUUGUUGAUCACAAAGCGAGACUCUUACUUGUCAUGAGCUUGAAUUUUAAAUUGCAUGUACCCAUUAUGGCAUCCGGUAAUCCACCAUUUAUCAUAAGGGAUCAUCUUUACUCCGUAGAUGACAAGUUGAAGAGAGGGAGACCUCCUCCUUUGCUUAAGGGUACCGAGGAUGUAAUUAUUGAUGAAGAACCAGCGCCAGAAGCUACUUCAGUGAUUGACCCUGCGUCCGUAUCAAGGUGCUGCAUAGAAAGGGGUCUGUUUCCGGCAGUUCCUUUGUUCUUUCAAUAUCCCUGCAGCACCAGCAAGGGUUGGUCGGAGUGGGUUGAUGCUGAACUGAAGAACCCAUCUACCCGUGAUAUCCUAAGCCGGGCAGGCGUGUUGGAAGCCAUCUUUGCUUCUAAGGCUUGCGACAUCCAUAUUGAAGUCAAGACGCUUCGACACUUGGUUAGACGGUGGAGCACUGAGACGCACACUUUUAUUUGUUCGUGGGGAGAGUUCACUCCCACGCUUGAGGAUGUAGCUAAUAUCUUCCAUCUCCCACUUUGCGGCAGCCAAGAUCCUUUCCAUAUUGCAUUAACCGCGGAAGAUGGGCCAAAGCUUGAGAUUUUGCGAAAAGGUGCCCCGACCUCUCCUAGUACCUCUCUAAGAUUCAGUAAUUGGAUUCAGUUUUUUGGGAACAGUGAUCGAGACGAGCCGUGUCGCCUUGCUGCGUUUGUGUCCUUGUGGCUCGGGAGGUUCCUCUUUUGUGAUUUUUCUCAGGACUGCUUGCAUGGGAGAGUGUUUCCGUUGGCUUUGGCAAUAGCACGGGGUAGCAUGAUCCCUUUAGCCCCCAUGUUCUUGGGGCACUUAUAUCGCUUGCUUGACCAGAUUCAAUUUCUUGAGAAGGGGGCGGCCGGAACCAUGGCUGUGGAGACUUUUGUAAACUCCAGUUUUCUGCAGAUCUUUUUAUGGGAACGCUUCAAAGGGAUAGAGGUAUCUCCACUCCCUUAUUCAAAGGCUGAGUCACUGGUUGCUUCGGACGAGGAUUCCUACGUGCCGGAGGGCUUUAGAAGUAUGCCCUUCUAUGCUGAUUCUGCUGCUUUAAUGGAGGCCCUGGCCAUGCCAACACAAGGUUGUUGGUUACGCAGAGAGGCAUUGUUGAGUGCCGCAUGCCUCCCUCUGCCCACAUUCGGUGAUGACCACUUGGAGACUUCUGUACAUUAUUCCCCUUACCGGGUUAGACGACAGCUUGGGUUUGACCAAGGUGUGCCCUCUUGCCCCAACCAUGGAGAUUCCUUGAGCUUGCACAGGGUUUUCUGGACUGGUGACAGCGUGCCGGGAGACGGCAGGCCUCUCGCCCUUGCUCUGGCCAGCCGGAAGCGCGUUGGUGGUCUCUCAAAGGCCUACCAAAAUUAUUGGAACCGCUGCUUUGCCUCGUUCAGCCGAUUCCAUGCUGCCCAUUGUGAUAGCUUGAUUCCCACCGUCAUUCAUCAUGCCCGUUUAGUGUCGGAAGAGAAAGCGAUUUCCUUGAGCGAGAAGCGAAAUCUGCCUUUUAUCUCCAAAAGCGGAGAGAUUGUUGGUGACUUUUCGAAGCUAAAGCGGAAGUUGGAAAAGUCGGGUUCUCAUAGUGCCGGGAAGAGUGUUGCACAUGGGAAACGGAAGCGUGAGGAAAGCUGCAGCGCCGAGAAAAGGCAAGCUGUAAAAGAACCGAAAAGGUUCAUCCCCAAGGUAGCGGCAGGUGGUCCUCCCAGCUCAAGAAAGGUUGCCUUGCCCGAGUCCUUACAGCAGCAGCCUACAGCUUCCGGCAGCAGCGAGCUAGCAGCUCCCAAAGCUUCAUCUCCUCACAGUACUUCCCAAAGUAAAGGCAAGGGUAAGGGGUUUUCCGCGACCCCGAAACGUCGAAGCAUGCGUAUUCUUGAAACGCGGUUUGCUAAUACCCGAAAGAAUAAGGGUGAAGACUCGGGACCCAAAGUAGUGGUGACUGUUGAUGAUAACAGUGAUGAUGAUAGUGAUGGCGAUGGCGCUGCGGGAACUGAGGCUAACAUUCAUGAGCAAGAGAGUGCUCACGAUACGAGUGGCAUGGACGAGGACUUUGAUGAAGGCCAAUACGAUAGUCACGACGAAGACACCUAUCCGGCUUUCGGCACUAGCUUGGGGGAGUUCGAUGACCCAGAUACGACUCCCGCUUUGACUGGCGAUCAUGGACAGCGUGUCGAUAUUGAACUGGUCGUGCCCGCCAUUGAAGGCACAAUAGGUGCUUCAUCAGAGGCUGAUUUUGCCCUUCCCACUACUGUCGCUGAAGUUGUCCUGAGCCUUCCGGCAGUGCAACCUCCUCCUUCUCCUAACCCAUGUACUCCUGACAUGGCUGCUGACGUCUCUCCGCCACUCUCAACAGUUCCUCCUCCUAUUUCUCCAAUUCCGAACGCACCUGACAUAGCUUCCGGCACCGCUCAACUCCUUCCAGCAGUACAUCCCCUUACUCCUCCAAUCUCGAGCACUCCUGACAUAACUUCCGGCACCGCUCCACCUCUUCCAGCAGCACAUCCCUGUGAUAAGAAUGUUGAUGCUUUUAUCGCAGGUUCCUCAAAAGGGCCUUCAUUCGAGAAAGGCAUGUCUUGGCAAGAUUGGGAGAAUUCCUACACGGCAUUCAAAGCCUUCUUUGAUGGUGGUGUCACCAUUCUUAGAUCCAUUGAUGAACUUCUUCCGCUUUGCCACAGAUUUGAUGGUUAUGCGACAUUCCAAGGUGCCCUUGUGUAUCCAGAGACGGUUGGAGCCUUGAGAAAGUUCAUGGACAAAUACGGGAGUUUGCUGGAAGCUACAGAUGUCACCUCCUCUUUCUCAAGGGGUACUGCCCUUCGAGCGCUUGGCUUAGUACUUCAUGGGAUGGACACCAUGCAACUCCUUGAUAUUACAGAUCAUAAACUGCUCUGUUGGCGAGAUGCAAUAUGCGAGGCCAUGAUUCUGGGCUUUCCUGUGGAAUUUCUCCUUAAACUCGUGAAGAGCUUGGCACGUGCCGUCUUUGGAGCACGGGCCAUUCGUAGUAUGCAAUUAUCGCAUGAUUCCGAUGAAGUAAAAGCCGCUGCAGACGCUUUGAAUAUUAAACAGCAAGAGUUGGAAAACCAGCGCCGGGAGAUGCAUGCCCUUCUCCUUGCUAAGGGUGUUUCUGUUGACAGCGCUGAGUGCGUGACGGAGGCAGCAGCCAGAUUAUCUCCUGGGGCUUCCUUUGUUCUUUUCGGACAUUCCCCAUAG